CGGGGCGAGAGCUGCGGCUGCGUCAGGCGUGCGGCGCACACCUUGCGGCUUCUCCCUUUCGGCGCGUCCGUCCCGGGUGGACUCGGCAGCCAGGCCGGCGCAGGAACAGGUGCACCCGCAGACCCACGGCGAUGGCGACGCUGUGUCUGACCGUGAAUUCGGGGGACCCUCCUCUGGGUGCUUUGCUGGCGGUAGAACAUGUGAAAGACAACGUCAGCAUUUUUGUGGAAGAAGGGAAAGAGAAUAUUCUUCGUGUGUCUGAAAAUGUGGUCUUCACGGACAUAAAUUCCAUUCUUCGCUACUUGGCUAGAGUGGCAAUGACAGCCCGGCUCUACGGCUCUAACCUGAUGGAACAUACUGAGAUUGAUCACUGGUUGGAGUUUAGUGCCACAAAAUUGUCUUCAUGUAAUUUGUUCCCUUCUGCCAUCAAUGAGCUCAACCAUUGCCUGUCUCUGAGGACAUACUUGGUUGGACACUCCUUGAGCUUAGCUGACUUAUGUGUUUGGGCCACCCUGAAAGGAAAUGUGGCCUGGCAGGAGCAGCUGCAGCAGAACAGAGCUCCGGUUCAUGUAAAGCGCUGGUUUGGCUUUCUUGAAGCCCAGCAGGCCUUCCAGUCAGUGGGUACCAAGUGGAAUGUUUCAGCCACCAAAGCUAAAGGGGCCUCUCAGAAAAAGCCAGAUGUUGGGAAGUUUGUUGAGCUCCCAGGUGCUGAGAUGGGAAAGGUUACUGUCAGAUUUCCUCCAGAGGCUAGUGGUUACUUACACAUUGGGCAUGCCAAAGCUGCUCUUCUCAACCAGCACUACCAGGUUAACUUUAAAGGGAAACUGAUCAUGAGAUUCGAUGACACAAAUCCUGAAAAAGAAAAGGAAGAUUUUGAGAAGGUUAUCCUAGAAGACGUUGCCAUGUUGCAUAUCGAACCAGACCAGUUCACUUACACCUCGGACCAUUUUGAAACGAUAAUGAAAUACGCCGAGAAGCUAAUUCAGGAAGGGAAGGCGUAUGUGGAUGAUACUCCUGCUGAGCGGAUGAAAGCCGAACGAGAGCAGAGGACAGAAUCCAAACACAGAAACAACUCUGUUGAGAAGAAUCUGCAGAUGUGGGAAGAAAUGAAAAAAGGGAGCCCGUUUGGUCAGUCCUGUUGUUUGCGAGCAAAAAUUGACAUGAACAGUAACAAUGGGUGCAUGAGGGACCCGACACUGUACCGCUGCAAAAUUCAGCCUCACCCGAGGACUGGAAAUCGAUACAAUGUUUAUCCAACAUACGAUUUUGCCUGCCCUAUAGUGGACAGCAUUGAAGGAGUUACACAUGCCCUGAGAACAACAGAAUACCAUGACCGAGAUGAGCAGUUUUAUUGGAUUAUUGAAGCGUUAGGCAUAAGAAAACCGUACAUUUGGGAAUAUAGUCGGCUAAAUCUCAACAACACAGUGCUGUCCAAGAGAAAACUCACGUGGUUUGUAGACGAAGGACUGGUGGAUGGAUGGGAUGACCCCAGAUUUCCCACGGUUCGUGGUGUGCUGAGAAGAGGGAUGACAGUUGAAGGACUGAAGCAGUUUAUUGCUGCUCAGGGUUCCUCGCGUUCAGUUGUGAACAUGGAAUGGGACAAAAUUUGGGCAUUUAACAAAAAGGUAAAUGUUCUGACUCUUACGCCCUUUUUCUCAUGUCUAACUCCUACCUGUAGAGUUCAUUAGCGUGCUCAUGGGAGA